GAAGUGCCACGCUAGUCAACAAGGACGCUCCGAUGCCCGCUACGGCCGCCACUCACACGUGCUCAGACGGAAGUCUCUCAUAGUCUCAUUCCGUGUGGGGCUGUGCGUGAGAGCGCUUCGGCAUAUAAGAGACAAAUAGUCGAGAAAGAGAAAGAUAGAAAGACUUUUGCUGCCUCCACGGGCACACAUUCAUUCGACGCCCAGUGAUCGCCAAGUCUGUAGGCGACAUCGCUGAUCUCGAGAUGUAAGUCGGCGUGUCAGCGUAGUAAACGAUCCACAGGUAGCUACGCGCAUGCGCUCGAUCACCGCAUUUGGCAGAAAGAAAACAAGGUGCGAUACACAGAAACUGACGUAAAGCUCGAACUGAGCCCUGCUAUUGGUGGGUUUUACAGCUGAUUCUUCUAAACCCAUCCACGGUCGACAAUUUUAAAUUGUAAGCGCUCGUCUUGCUCGCACUUCGAAUGUUAAUGACGAUAAGCUUGUACUCGUAAGAUUUGCGUCUUUUUUUUUAAUUUAGACAAUUUUGUGUAAGGAAACUUUUGUAUAAUUUGUGAAACGGCGUCGUUCAUUCAAGCUGGGAACUAAUAGUCAAUAGCAAUAUCGCCACACACACACACGCAUACUCAAGCAAAACAAGAGAUACGCUAUCGGUAGCCAUUUUGUGUUCUGAAAUCAGCGAAAUUUCGAGACAAGAACUUUGGACUUCGUUUCGUACGAUUUACGAAUCUUCUCACGCUAUCUAUGAGAAUACUCUCUGCCUGAUAAUCGUACAUAUUUCGAACCAUAAGUAGUAAUUUUAUGCAUUUUCGUUUUAUGAGAAAGAUUUUUUUUAAUACGUUUACACCAACUUGAGUGAUUUAUACGAAAAGCUUUUAACUAUCGUCUUUUUUUAUUACUCUGCUAGUCAUACUUUAAACGUUUAAACUUAAAUAUUUAUUGCAAAGUGGUAAUACUCAGAUUUUAUAGCGUGAAAACGAGAUUUUUCUCCCUAUCCCCGAGUUAUCAGUCAGUGUCUUUAAGCAUUUAUCUUUUGGCAUUUUUUUUUGCUUCGUAUCAUUCCGUAGUAACUUGUUUUUAUAUUGUUCUGCUUUCCUUGAGAUUUCCACGCUCUCUGUUCGUGCUAUCGAGUGAACAUCUGACCUAUAAUAAGUCACGUCACCAGGAACGAAAUAAUAGACUAUAGCAGAGAUCUCUGAAGUGACGUCUUACAGCCGAUUGAAAAUUGCAACAAUCGUUGAUCCAAACGAGAAAACGACCAUAUAAAGACGACUUCGUUUAAAUUAUAAAUCACCAUGACAGCCAUGUUUGCGAAGAUUCUUUGUUGCUUACUCGUAGUUAAAGUAGCAUCUGCGCAGAAAUGGGAAAUAGGCAGUGGCCUCGUUUAUGAUUUGACUACCACCGUUUUACUCGGCGAAACGCCUAUAACGCAAAUUCGAAACGAUAGUACCGGUGAUGUCGGCUUUCAGUUGACAAAUAAACUUACGGUUUUGCCUCUGUGGAGAGACCCUACAGACGCUGAAACUAUUCUUCUAUCCAUAAAAGCUGAUUCUCUGCAGCUGUGGAUAAAAUCGCGAAAAGCUCCAGAGCCUGAGGGUUUUGUAGAGCACAGUUCUCGUCUCGAAGAUAUACCCAAAGAUCCUAUUCUUUUACUAUUGAGAAGUGGCAAAAUUACAAAUGUUUUUGCCAAUUCUGCCGAAAGCCUCUCAUCUCUGAAUCUCAAACGUGGAUUUGCAAGUAUAUUCCAGUACAAAACGUACGAUGGAGCUUUGCAAGAAACGGAUGCUAGCGGUGUAUGUAACGUUACAUACAAAUCGCACAAUCCGAAAUUGUUCGAUAAAAUUAAACACGCGUGCAAAAGAAUUAAAAAUCAACAUACGAAUCCACUCCUAGGAGUUAAAGUCAGCAAUCUUCAUAGGGCAACAUACGAUUUAACUGAAUCUCUACAUCUUAGAGUGUUGACGGAUUAUGAAAAACACGAGAUGAGUUUAACUUUAAAACCAGACGCCAGAACGUCCGUAACCAUGCAUAGAAAUUUACAGCUGCUUCCUGAUGCUAUAAAAGAAAAUCCUAUUGUCGCAUCGACCUAUACGGAAGUUAUUAACACCUUUGAUUCUCGUUACGUAGAAGUUUCGAUCGAAUCGCAAAAUGAGCAUAUACCUUGUCCCGAGUCUGGUUGCGUUACUUUGGACACCGUUUUGGAAAAUAGUCGAAGUUCGUUAGAAUCAUCUGCCUUGGGUACGGCAAAAGCAGCUUCUGCUUUCUUGAAAUUAGUUCCUUUAAUAAGAGAUUCUUCUGCUGAUGCACUGUCAAAAAUUUUGAAAAGUCCUAAAAAUCAUGAUCUUCUACCGCAGUUAUACGAUUUAUAUGGCUCUGCGUCGACGCUUGCUGCUCAUCAGGCAGCUAUGAAAGCUCUUAGGCAAGAUGAUAUUGGCGACAAUACUGAGAGGUAUUUGUGGGCCCUCUCCACUUCGCCAUUUCCAGAUCCAGACAUUAUCAAAGAUGUUUUAAAACGUUCUGAAGAAACGAUCCUGAAUGACAAACUAUCGGAAACAUUGGCUUUAACAGCUGCUGCUAUGGCCAAACGAUAUGGUACUCCCAGUGUAGUAGAAAAAGUGAAAGAUAGUUUGGAAUUAGGGUUGUACAGUUGUACAGGAGAUGAAUGCAAAAUAAAGUUCCUUCGUUCUUUAGGUAACUUAGGUAGUAAAACCGUUAUUCCUACUUUACUCAAAUACACGAAUCGCACUAGGACAAUGAGUGUCGUAGCUUGGAAGGCUAUUGGAUCUUUUCACGUUGACGCAAUCACGCCUGAAAUAAAAAAUAUCGCUAUGAAGACUUUCCUUCAACUUGGAGGCCAAAAAGUUGACAGUAGCAUAAGAACCUUAGCUCUCAAUAUAAUUCUUGAAAACAGCCCUUCUGUUGAGGAAAUGCAGCAAUUAUUGGUAUAUCUCACGUACAAUGAUCCUGUUUACGAAGUUAAAAAAUAUUUGGUUCAAAGAAUUCAACAAUUAGCUAGUACCAAUGUUCGCUUCCUCGAUGUUUAUCAAGAAGCCGCUAGAAGAGAAUAUAAAAAAGCUAUCAAUUACAAUACAUUCGCCCAAAAAGGUUUGAGUACAGCGUUUACGAGAAGAUUUUUGCGAUCGUCUACCAGCAAUGGUUCGCUUGUUACAAUUCAAGAAAUCAGCUCUGGUCUUCUAAAACGUGGAGUCGUUGACAUAGUGCUAGAGAGCGAUGCUAAUAAAUACACGUUCUUUUCGCUUGGUUUAUUCGCUGGUGGACUUAAUAGUUUCGUUUCUUCAAACGAUCAGGAAGAAAAUGAAGUUCCUGCAGAAAACGAACCAGCUACUGCUGGUAUGGAACUUUCAUUCUUAGACGUCGAUAUUCGACCUUUCGUCUUUUUCUCUGGACAAGGAGAGUUGAUGGGACACGUUUGGUCAGGAACUGCAUCAGAGCGCACCUCUGCUUUCCAAACAACUGUGAAUCUUCAUCGUUAUCGGGAAGUAAUCGCCUUAGGUUCUGGUUUUGUUGUAGAAAUAGGCGUAGAAGGUGCGAUGAGUUUUGAUUUAGCAGGAAAAAUUAGCUUAAGUCUCUGGUCUAGAACAGCUGAAUCUCUUGUUGAUAUGCAAGCAGGUGUUGCGAUUCAUGGAAUCUCUAAAAUAUUGACAAAUUUCGUUCAAAGUCGAGCGGAAUAUACUUUUACGAUGGAACCAAAACUCGAAUUGGCAACGGAUGUUGAUUUUUCGGGACCCGUAACGCUUUGUAUGAGACUUGCCCAGCCUCAAACAUUAGCAAAACACAAUAUUUAUAAAGUAGAAAGGAUACCUGGUAGUCGACACAGAUUGAGAAAAACGCGAAGGUUAACUUUGUUUUCACCAGCCAGAUCUUAUCUUCUAAACAAGAAAAAUAAUGAAAUGUGUUCCAAAGUUUUUAGUUAAAAUAAUGGUAAAAUGAUACUCAAAAACAUUCCCAAAUAAAUUUUCACAGGCUGUUCAAAUACUUGAUCAUGAUCUUAUAAUAAUUCGCAUUUCUUUUAAUUUCUUUUGAUAAUAGCUUUAUCGUCUUAUAAUCUCUUGUUUAUUACUUUACGAAUUUUACGCUGACUACAAUGAUAUACACGUUUCAUGUUAUAUUUGUUUGUAUACAUGUUGAAUCUAAGCUAUGAUUUCAUAUAUUUUUCUCGUAUGGCAGCUAUUAUCUUUUUUAUGUACAUCAUAUAUUAAGAUUUUUGUGUAUAAUUAUCUUUUUUAUUGUUCUUGACUGUUGCUUAUGUUUAGUGAUGUUCAUGGUUGCAAGUUGAGUUUAAAUGUAAAUACAUGUUUAUUUAAAAGGUAACGUUUGUGUACAGGUUUGGUAAAUAUGCUUUAAAAGUAUCAAAUGUAUAUUGUAAAAGUACAGUAUACUUAAAAUGUAUGCAUCAAAUCAUUUAUUUGCAUAAUAUAUUUAACAGAGCCACUAUAGUAUAAGAUUCUGAGAUACUAUAUUAUGUAUUUGUAAGAAUAGAGCAAUGGAAGAUUCGAAUUUAAAAUAAUCAAAAGAAAAAUUCAUAAAAUUAUAUACUGAUUCACCACUGAUUUACCAAUGGCAACUCAAUUGAAAAAAUAAGGUUAUUUAUUCUAGAAACACAUUAUUUUGCAAACUAUUGGAAAAUAUGAAUUGUAGAAAAUAUUUAUAAUUAUUUGAUGCGUUGAUAAUAAAAAUUUAUGUUAAGAAUCUAUUUUCUAGCACAAACUGUUAGGAUCCUAAUCAUUCAUAAAAAAAUGUAUGUGACAUGAAAAAUUACAUCUAACAGUACUGGAUUUGCCGUAGAAAAAUAUUACACGAUUUAUAAUAGAAAAUUUAUUAUCAAUGCGUUAAACUAAUGGACAUGAGAAGAUUUUCCGAACAAAACAAUGAAUUCAAAAAAAAAUAUGCUACUUUUUCACGAAAGAAAUGAUAAUCAUGUUAAAUAAUAGUUUAUACAAAAAUUAUAUGUGAUAUAGAAAAAAUGUAACAUGCAUUUAAUAUACACUACUGACUACACGUGAUUACGUCAUGGUAAUUUUACUCUAUGAAAUAAUUAAAUACCAAGUUAUUUAGUGAUUAAAAAAUAUAAUAUAUACACUCAUAAUUUAUAGUUAUACUACUGAUCAAGCAAUGUUUAAAUUGUGUUGUUAUUCUAAAUUGAUCACGCAGCUCUCGAGUUCGUAAACUAAUUGGUUCAUUUUAUCAAUACUUUUGUAUAAAUGACAGUAAAAUAUGUAAUCAAAUAUAAGAUCUUGAUACUCUUUACUAGUAAUAUAAUUAUAAUUCUCCCGGAGUCGCAUAGAUGUAUAGAUAUUUUUCUACUCGGGACAGAGAAUCAUUCAUCAAUUUCUAGCGUUAUAGAGUUUUAUUUACUCUACUAUUAUAUUUCUAUAAUUUCUGAAUCUUCUUGCAUAGUAUGCGAAAGUAAAUUAAAUAUUUUUCAUUAUUUUCUUGUCUGUUGUAAUUUAAAAAAUACAAGCUUAUGAUGACAAAUAUUCAUUUUAAUAUGGAAGCAUUUUUAUUAUAUGAAUUUGCUAAAGAUUAGAAGCAUAUGAAAUUGCACGCGACUGAUCAUAAACUGUGCAUGGUAUGUUUAAAAGGAGAAAAGAUGUAGCGUACAAAAUGAGGAAGAACAAAGAUUCGAAUGAAGACAACGCAACCCCAAGCAACUGGACUCAAAAAUCCUAUCGAAUAUCCUACCAACAGAGGUAUGUAUACAAAAGUAAGUCCUAACGUUGCUAGUAUAGAAGGAUUACUGUAUACAGAGAUUAUCUAAUGAUUGACAUACUGAAGAGUCAAAGAUAUUUUUAGUUAUACAGAAAUAUUGAAGAAGGCUAGAGAAGACUAGAAAUCCAAAGAAAUUGCUUAAAAUUUAACUGACACAAUGAAAUUAAAAUUAAUGAAAAAUAAUUAAUAUACUCAAAUACUUUUGUAUGUAUAACAUUGUAAGAGGUUUAUUCAAACCUUCAAGAUCUUACGGAAUUUUACGGAUAUACAUGAAUUAUUUUGAUGAGUGAUUCUAUGUUAAGAAUUUUACCAAUGAAUAUUGCGAAUAUUGUAAAUCUAUAUUUAUGCUUAUGUACAAGAUGCAAACUAUUAUUUUUUAUAUUUUAUGAAAUUUUUUUUUUAAAUAAAAUGUGUUUCUAUCCAG